AUGCCAAUAAGUAACACUACCCACUCCACGCCUACUGAGUCAAAUGAUAUGAACAGUAAUAGCAUGAAACAAACAGAGCAUUUGAUUCAUCCCUCCGGUAAGAAUAAACCAGGUAUCACAUAUUCACAAUCGAAUAAUCUUUCUACUACUAGUGAUAAUCAAGAUGACAACAAAGAAGAAGAAGAUAUUGGUGAAGAAAUAUCCGACAAAGACGAUAAAAUAAAUAAAGAUUCAAAUGCAUCUUCAUUUAUUAAGAAUCAGGUAGAUGAGAUGCAUGUGCCAAAAUUUUCUGAAUCUGAGGAAUCUGAUUAUGAUAUAGACCAAGAUGCAUAUUUCGAUGUUGUAAUGGAUAAUAAUGAUACUGCAGGUGAAAUUCAAACAGGUCUAGACACCUCUGACGAUGAGCUGCCCAUUCUUCACGAAGAAGAACAACAAAUAGUGGCUGAUUUACAAAAUGAUGAUUCUUUAUCUUUUGAUGGUAGUAUUCAUGAAAAUCCAUCUGAUUCUGCAGAUUUAGAUAGUCCCAUGUUGGAUAAUGAUUCUUAUCAUGAAAAUGAUCAUGAUAACAACAAUUCUCAUAAUGACUUUGAUGACGACGACGAAGAUGAAAUUAUGUCUGAUUUUGAUAUACCGUUUUAUGAAGAUCCAAAAUUCUCUAGUCUAUAUUAUUAUGCAGAUAAUUCAGAGCCAAAAUUAAAUUUAAAUACUGAUUUACCAUUAAUAUCAAAUGAUAAAAAAGAAUCCAAACAUCAGAGAAGAGAGGCUAAGAAACGUGAAUUGAGAGAAAGAUUGAGGUCAAGGAAGUUGUUAAGGGAAAGAGUAAAAAAGACAGCUAAUGUCUCAGGGGACGAAUAUAUCUUUGGUGUUUUUUUCCGUAGUGAUAGUGACGAGAAUGAAGAUUCAAAAAAUAAUGGCCACAGUGGAACUUUAAAGAACAGAAUAAACAUGGAUAAAUCUUUGAAACAGUUGAGUUCUUCUGCAUUAAUAGAUACUUCUGAUGAUGAAUAUGACAAUAUUUUAUUAGAUAUUGCUCACCUACCAACCACUGAUGAAGAUGGUGAGGGGGAAGAAGAUGAUUCACAAGAAAAUUUAGGAAAUAAUCCUGGGAAACAUUCUAAAAGUGCACAUAAUAAGGAUGGAUCAUAUUUUUCUACAGAGUAUUCUGAUGGUUCAAUGGAUGAAGAAGAUGACGACUAUGGCUAUGAUAGUAGUGUUACAAACAUUUUUAUAGAUAUUGACGAUUUGGAUCCUGAUUCAUUUUAUUUUCAUUAUGAUGAUAUUUCUUCUUCAGACAGUAAUAUUUAUAAUUACCAUCAUAAUGAAGAUAAUAUUAGUGAGACAGUAAUAUACCCCGAUGAUGAAUCUACAGAUGAAGAUGAUAAUCUUCCAUCACCAACUACAAGGAACAAACUCACUUUCACCAAACCCAAAGAGAUUGUAAGUGCCAAUGUUGUUGGCUUAAAGCCACCGAAAUUAGGUACUUGGGAAACCGAUAAUAAACCGUUUAGUAUUAUCGAUGGGUUAUCAACCAAAUCUUUGCAUUCCUUAAUUCAGGCACAUCAACAAUUAAAUGAUUCUAAUCAAAAACAUGAAGCACAAGGUACAAAUAAUGUUGUUAACAAGGAAGAGAAUAAUUCUGCAGGAGAAGAAAUGACAUUGAAUGAAUUGCUAAACAUGAGUGAAUUAGAAGAUGAAGAAGGUGAUAAUAAAAAUUCAUACCAAUCAUCUCUUAUAACUGAAUGGUAUAAUAAACCAAAAAUUCCACUGUCCGCAUUUAGAAACAAGGGAAUUGAUUACAAUGACACUACUGAAUAUAUGAUUCCAAAUCUCUCUACUAAAAAGAUACCCAUCGGCUAUAUUGGAGUUGAAAAGACUAGAAGAAAACUAGAUAAGAUAAAAGAACUACAAAGAAGAAGAAAUGAAAAGAAAAGAAAAUUAAAAAAGAAAAGAAAAAUUCAAAAACUGAAAAGAGAAAGAGCUCGUAUGGAAAAAGAAAAAGCAUUAUUAGGUGAUGUGUCAAGUGCUGAUUCUAAAAAUAUACAGACUCUUGUUAAUAAUUCCAAUGAACAAACAUCAAAUAAGAUCGAAGACAUACAUCUCAUAGAUUCUAAUAACAUGGUAUUUUCUGAUAGUAACACUGAUUCCAGAAAAGACUCAAUCAAGAGUGUUGGCAUUGACGAAAUCCAUCAGAUCUUAAGCAAAAGUGAUGACAAUUUAUUAGAUGAUCAUAAUAUUGUAUUGGAUUAUCCAGAUGUCAUGGAUGAUCAUGAAGGUGUCAUAAUAAAUGAUGCAGAUGCCGAUAUUUUAGCCUCAUUAACUGCACCUGUUGAUUUUGGAGAUUUUAAUAACAAAUCUUUAUGGAAACAACGUAGACAAAGUAUGGCAGAAGCGGUUGCAGAGAAUAUGAGAUUUACUAAAAACGGUUUAUUUAGUGAAUCGGCUAUUGCAGAUAUUGAAAACAUAAUUAAUCCAAAUAAUAAUAGCACCAAUGGAUUUGAGCUUAAUGAAGUGCUUCAAUAG